CCUUUGAUGACCUGAUUCACACUAAAGCACAAUCUAUGUGCGAAUUUUUCCUCUGCACUCAUUCUUUCCUAUUGACUUCUGUCACAUAAAUACUCAGCUAGCUACUCCUUCAAAACAUAACCAAAGAUUUGAUCUUUGAGCCUCUCAAAUGAAGUUUCAACCAUGUCUUCAUAGUUGAAAAACUAAGGGUCAAUUUUAAUUGCUGAUAUCUUCAAACUUCAAGAGAAAAAGGUGAAGAACACAGUCAGUAACUGCCGGUGCAGCAAGAUCAAGAUUCACACCUCCAAAGGACUUUAGCUAUGUACAUGUUGGCUAUGGAAGUUCAGACAAAGAAGUGAGAAUCUUGAUGAUGCUGCACUGGCAAAUACAUGACUAGAAUUUCCGAUUCAGCUCAAAGGAAGCAUGCAGUGGAGAAAUUAAUCAUUGGAUCUUAUAUAUGGGACGAUUUUAAUAAGUGACUGCCCAUUUUGGAACCGUACAAGAUGUGUGUCUCCAAAGAGAAUCAUAGCAUAUCCGAGGCGAUUUCCAUGGACAGGGUUUCGUGAAUUAGCCCCACCACAGUGAAAAAUGACAAAGGGUGUGGUAGCUACUCAACAUCACAGUCACUGUUCCUCUGCUUCUUCUCAUGGAUGAAAAGAGAAAGGCAUCAAAGAAAAACACCCAAGCCUCUUCUUCAUCAAGGUCCUUAUUCUCAAGGAGUUCUUCUACUUCAAAUUCACCUCUCCUUAGAAGCUUGUCCCAGAAGAAUUCUUCUUCGUCUUCUUCUUCUUCCAAAUGCAACAACAAUCUCCCUAGGAGCUUCUCGCAGAAGAACCCUUCCAUCGGUCGGAAAUGCACCAAUAUAGCAAAAGAACAGAAAGCGCGCUUUUACAUUAUGAGAAGGUGCGUGGCCAUGUUAGUUUGCUGGCACAAGCACGGGGAUUCAUGAACUGCAAAAAUGCACAGAUCUUGUACUCGGUUUUUUCUGCCACAAUUUUUUUUUUGUUUCUGAUCCAUGAGAUCCUUUUUUGGCCCUCUUUCAAAUACUAUAGAUUCGAUUGUAAUUACAACUUUAACUGAGGUGAGUUAUAAGAUUUACACAUUGCUGCAAA